AUCCCUUCCCUAUUCUCCUUCACCUCGAAGAGAGUUGAUCCACGCCCCUUCGCUCACCCAGCAGCUAGUGUGGUCUGCGUGCGUUGGUGGAGCCAAUCUCACCAUCACCAUCAUCAGCAGCAGCAUGCCUGGCAAGAUGCUCUCCAGCUUCGUGAUGAUGGCCCUCAUGGGAAUCGCUGCAGGGUCGCCCCACGCAGCUUGCGAUCCUUGCGCCCAAGUUGCGGAGGCGGAGCUCGAAGCCCUCGACAUGAAUGGCAAGUACCUCUGCUGCGACCUGACCUGUGCCGAAACACCGGUCGCCGGUUGCGGCAUCUUCGGUCUCGAUGUGGUGUGCAAGGCCUGCUACGACGGCGACGGCACCCCUGCUUACGAUGACCCUGCCGAUGACGACGGCACGACCCCGUCCACCACUCCCGCACCGGCCACCGCCGAACCGGUGACGGCCGAACCGGUGAUGCCGGUGACUGCUCCCACUCCUGAGAUGCCAGUUGCCUCUCCUACCCCGGAGCCCGUCAUGCCGGUCAUGCCGGUAACCCCCCCGACGCCGGGGCCUGUGAUGCCAGUCGCGGGGCCCACUCCUGAGCCGGAGCCGGAGCCGGACAUGUCCAUGUCAUACGACUUCGACGACUGCUCCCCCUGCGAGGAGGCCACAGAGAUGCUCACCAUGGAGGACUGGAUUGCCCUCGAGAACGAUGGGCUGGAGCUGGUCUGUGACCCAGACUGCUACGAGAACUCAAUGCUGGACGGCUGCGGGGCCUUUGGUCUCGACAUCGAGUGCCGUGCUGUCGAGAUCGACGAUGGAGAGGGUGGGGGUGGGGGCGAAGGAGGAGGAACCACCUCCUCUGAGACCGGAGCGGGCGGGGGAGGGGGAGGAGGAACGACAUCGUCUCAGACCGGAGAGGGCGGGGGAGAGGGAGGAGGAACGACAUCGUCGGAGACCGGAGAGGGCGGGGGAGAGGGAGGAGGAACGACAUCUUCUCAGACCGGAGAGGGUGGGGGAGAGGGAGGAGGAACGACAUCGUCGGAGACCGGAGAGGGCGGGGGAGAGGGAGGAGGAACGACAUCGUCGGAGACCGGAGAGGGCGGGGGAGGGGGAGGAGGAACGACAUCGUCUCAGACCGGAGAGGGUGAGGGAGAGGGAGGAGACACGACCUCUGGAAGCUGCACCGAAGCGGAGAUCGCCAUGUGUGCCGACAUCUCUCCUGCACAGGAGGAAGCUCUUGCCAUGUACGACGGCGGCGGAAAGGUGAUCGUGUGCGACCCCACCUGCCUCGGCGAGGACAUUUCUCACUGCAACUACUUUGGCCUUGGACAGCUCUGCCGUGGAUGUGGCUCUUGCUCCGGGUGCGAUCCUUGCCCUUAAGCCUUGAAAGCCUUGAGAGCUUAACAGGACGAGCAUAGACGGCGCGCGCCUGCCUCCUCGGAUGAAGUCAAGUCAAGCGCAACAGCAACAGCAAGGGUCGCGUCAUCUGGUGCCCCCGAUAGAACGGUUGGGACCAUUUUAAAUCGGACAACGCCGACGAUUAUGCAUACAACAGAGGAGUCGUCGCCGCCGUCGAUGCGUUUUUUUUUUUUUGCCUUUUCGGGCGGGCCCCCAACCCACCAAAGGGUGACGCCGCCCCAUGGCUUGGCUGCUGUUUUAGCGCCCUGCGACCUCUCGAACAUAGGUUCCAACGUCGAUUGAUGUGAUGGCGACGUUGUAGCGCUGUGUGUGGUCAUUUUGUAGUUGGAUGGGUGUGGCGCCACCCCAUUGCUUGAGUUGCACUUGCUCCUGUCGAAAUGUGUCUCGGGCUGAUUAAUGUCGGGGCGUUCCUUGCCCCGGUUUGUUUCGUAAUUGGAGCUCCAGGCGUGAAAGUGAAAAUAUGUGGUCGGUUCUCCGCGAA